AUGGAUUUUCAAGCGUUUUCCACGGUCAUUGUCCUGUGUGCAAUAUGGCCCACUGCUUUGUCGGUGACACGGUACUCCAUAGCCGAGGAAAUGGAAAGGGGCUCCGUUGUGGCAAAUCUAGCUGCUGAUUUGGGACUGGAGCUUGGAGGUUUAGCUCAACGUGAGCUAAAACUUGAUAUUUUCCACAAUAAAAAAUAUCUAGACGUCAACAAAAAGACAGGAGAGCUGUAUGUUGUAGAAAAGAUGGACAGAGAAUAUCUUUGUCCAACAAAAACCACGACCUCUUGUUUUCUAAAGCUUGACGUGAUCAUAGAAAGUCCUUUACGUAUAUUCAACAUUGAACUCGGUAUAACAGACAUUAACGAUAACGCUCCCCAUUUUCGAAGAGACAGAGUAGAGCUCGACGUUUCAGAAUCGGCAACACCGGGAGAGAGAUUUUCUCUGCCUAAUGCUGUGGACCCAGAUGUUGGCAUAAACACAAUAAAAACAUACAAACUCAGUGAUAGUGAACAUUUCAUUAUAGAAAUUCAGACUGGGAGUGAUGGAACUAAAUAUGUCGACCUGGUGUUGACCAAAUCUUUAGACAGAGAGGAGCAUGCUGUUCAUAAUUUGAUACUGACUGCCGUGGACGGUGGGGCCCCUGUGCGCUCUGGCACAGCCAGUAUCAUUGUUUCGGUACAGGACACAAACGACAACGCCCCUCGUUUCGACAAACAGAUUUACACCCAUAACAUGAUUGAAAACAGUCCGAUCGGUACCCUUGUGAUGAAACUUAACGCAACAGAUCUUGACGAGGGUCUGAAUGCACAGAUAGUCUAUUCUUUCACCCUUUACACGUCAGAGAAAACACAAGAAGUAUUUGCUUUGAAUCCAGAUACAGGAGAGGUAACAGUAAAGGGUACUCUUGAUUAUGAAGAUAUGAAAUUUUAUGAGAUGCAUAUUGAGGCUAAAGACAAGGGGGCGCAUCCUUUACUGGGGCAAUGUAAAGUCGUGGUUAAUGUAACCGAUAUGAAUGACAACUACCCGGAGAUCACCAUACAGUCUGUUAAGAGCACAGUUAACGAGAACAUUCCUGUGGGAACAGUCAUUGCUUUGGUGGGUAUAAGCGAUAGGGACACCGGGGAUAAUGGCAAAGUAAGUUUAGCCAUAAACCAGCCCCUGCCCUUUAUUCUUAACAAGUCAUCAGAUAGGCCCAUCCAUUACAAUCUCAUAGUUUCAGAACCCUUGGAUCGUGAGGCAGUACCUGAAUAUGACGUAACAUUAAUUGUAACAGAUGCAGGAACGCCUCCCUUAACUGAUAAUGAAACAAUAACUUUGCAUCUACUUGAUAUUAAUGACAACGCGCCAAGGUUCCCACAGUCCUUCUAUACUAUACGUGUAAUGGAGAAUAACGCCCCUGGGGCCUUGUUGAGUUCCCUCACUGCGUUUGACCCAGACCUCCAUGAAAAUCAGUAUCUAGUGUAUUUUAUUAUCGAGAAGGAGAUCGCCAACACCUCCAUGUCCAUGCUGUUCUCCAUCAAUCCAGAGAAUGGUAAUCUUUACGCACUCAAGACGUUUGACUAUGAGAUGGAGAAAGAGUUUCUUUUCCACAUUGAGGCCAGAGACUCUGGUGUUCCUCCGCUCAGCAGUAACGUGACCGUCCACAUCAUUAUUUUGGACCAGAACGACAACACUCCUGUCAUUGUCUCUCCGUGGCGCGCGCACGGCUCUGUGGUGGAGGAGAAGAUCCCCAGAUCCACGGAUAAAGGCUCUCUGGUCGCCAAGGUGAUAGCCAUAGACACUGACUCGGUGCUGAACUCUCGGAUCACAUACCAGUUUCUGCAGGUGACUGAUGCCACCUUAUUCAGUCUGGACCAAUACAACGGAGAGAUUCGGACCAUGAGGAUGUUCAGUUACAGAGAUCCACGUCACCAGCGUCUGGUUGUUGUUGCCAAGGACAACGGGGAGCCGGCUCUCUCUGCCACAGUCACCAUCAAGCUGUCCACAGUGGAGACUGCUGUCAAGGCCUACUCUGACAUGACUGAGGUGCCUCUGGAAUAUGACAUCUUUUCGGACUUAAACCUGUAUUUGGUCAUCGGUCUGGGCUCGGUGUCAUUUCUGCUCUUGAUCACCAUAUUGGUCACCAUCGUGCUGAAGUGUCAGAAACCCAAGGCCAGCAAAGCGGCUCCCCCCUGUAGGAACAGUGUGAUCAGUGAGAGGAACUCGACCAUCGCAGACUCCACCCUGGUCUCCAACGAUGCCUACUGGUACAGUCUGUUUCUAGCGGAGACCAGGAAGGGAAAGCUGGUGGUUCGACAGCCUCUGCCAAAGGGCUCCAGGUACAUCGUGUCCAGUAUACCGAGGAGCACAGGGCUGACAGAGACUAGUGACUCGGCAGCUUCCACUCUGCAGGUGAGACGUGAAUUUCCACUUUUGUUUGUGUAG